AUACAAAUUUAUUACUUAUUCGAUUUCAAGUUGAAAUGCUGUUGGUCACCUUCUUGAACAAUAAAUUGGAACAAUGCAGAAAAACUUCUUUUCUCAGAUCUGUACUGAAUUUAUUACAUGCUCAUACAUCAAGCUUAGACAAUGAUUGUAGAGGAUCUUGGAAUUGAAGCCAAGGAAGCGGCGGUUCGUGAGGUUGCCAAACUUUUGCCACUACCUGAACUUUUGCAGUCAAUUUCGUCAAUCAAGGCUGAUUACAUUACGCGCCAACAGGCAAAUGAUGCACAACUUAGUAUGAUGGUUGCAGAGCAGGUUGAACAGGUACAGGCUGGGUUGGAAUCAAUUUCCUCAUCUCAAAAGACAAUAAACCAGCUUCGUGAGAACUUUCUCUCUAUUGAGAGGCUAUGUCAAGAGUGCCAAAACUUAAUUGAAAAUCAUGACCAAAUAAAGCUCCUUAGCAAUGUGAGAAAUAACUUAAAUACCACACUGAAGGUGAAUGCAAUGUCUGACCUUUGUUUUCAUCAACUUUUUCUUUAUCAUGAUAUGUUUCUUGCAUACACACACACAAACAUACAUAAGUUCUUGUCUCUCUAUAUCUAUGCACAUGUUAUUGUUCAGCUGCAGCUUGCAGUCUACUAAAUAAUGUUAUCUUUUUUCUUUCUUUUUGUCUGUGUGUCGUUGUUUUCCCCCCUUUUCUUUUCCACCUAUCCAAGGCAACAGAACAAAUGUGGCAUCCUAAAAUGCUGCCAGAAGCUAUGAGCCCAAUGACCAUUAAUGUGGGGCAGAAGAGCUUUUAUCGAAGUCAUUUUUUCAAAAUUCAGUUAGGAAAAAGGAGACACUUUGUAAUGCAUGACCUUAUUCAUGACUUGGCUCAACUGGUGUCUGGAGAAUUUUUUAUGUAUGCCAAAUCUCAGAAAAGACACGUCAUUUAUCAUAUUUUCCUAGAAAAUAUAAUACAUUUGAUAGAUAUGGAACACUUUCUGAAUUUAAGUGUUUGCGAACAUUUUUAUCAUUGGAGGUUUACGGGAUUGGCUACUUAAGUAAUAGAGUUCUACACAAUCUAUUAUCAGAAAUUAGAUGCUUGCGGGUGUUGUGUUUGCAUAACUAUAGGAUUGUUUAUUUGCCCAAUUCAAUUGGCAAGUUACAACAUUUGUGCUACUUGGAUCUCUAUAAUGCUUUGCUUGAAAAAUUGCCUACAUCAAUAUGUACUUUGUACAAUUUACAAACAUUGAUAUUGUCAAGGUGUUCGAAUCUGUAUGAAUUGCCUUCAAGAAUCGAAAAUUUGAUUAAUUUGCGUUAUCUUGACAUUCUUGGUACCCCACUAAGAGGGAUGCCAAGUCAUAUUGGCCAUUUAAAAUGUUUGCAAAACUUGAGUUAUUUCAUUGUGGGGCAAAAGAACAGGUCGGGGAUUGGAGAAUUGAAGUAACUUUCAGAUAUAAAGGGAACACUUAGAAUUUCAAAGUUGCAGAAUGUGAAAUGUGGCAGGGAUGCAAGAGAAGCCAAUUUGAAGGACAAGAUGUACAUGGAGGAGUUAGUGUUGGAUUGGGAUUGGGAAGCAAGUGAUAUUAUACAAGAUGGAGACAUAAUUGAUAAUCUUCGGCCACAUACAAACCUAAAGAGACUCUCUGUUAAUCUUUUUGGUGGUUCGAGAUUUCCGACAUGGAUAGCAAAUCCUUUAUUCUCUAAUCUCCAGACCCUAAAGCUUUGGAAAUGUAAAAAUUGCUUAUCAAUACCACCACUUGGGCAGCUACCCUCUCUUGAACACUUACGGAUCUCAGGAAUGAAUGGAAUAGAGAGGGUGGGCAGUGAGUUUUAUCAUUAUGGGAAUGCUUCUUCUUCCAUUUCUGUUAAGCCUUCCUUCCCAUCCUUACAAAACAUUUGAGUGGAUGGACAAUUGGAAGAAAUGGUUGUGUUGUGGAUGCAGACGUGGAGAAUUCCCUCGUCUCCAGGAGCUUUAUAUGCGGCACUGUCCCAAACUCACUGGGAAAUUACCAAAACAGCUUCGAUCCUUGAAGAAACUUGAAAUUGUUGGAUGUCCGCAGCUGCUUGUGCCUUCACUCAAAGUCCCUGCAAUCAGUAAAUUGACGAUGGUCGAUUGUGGUAAAUUUUAGUUGAAAAGGCCAGAUAGUGGCUUCAUUGCUCUUCAAACCUCACUCGUUAAAAUUUCAAACAUCUCUCAGUGGAAGCAGCUACCAGUGGGAGUGCAUAGCCUCUCAAUUACAGAAUGUGAUUCUGUGGAGACUCUAAUAGAAGAGGAACCGCUCCAGAGCAAAACUUGUGUUCUCAAAGAUUUGCAAAUCACAAAUUGUUGUUUGUCUAGAUCCUUGCGCAGAGUUGGUUUACCCACUAAUGCAUUGGAAUCACUAGAAAUCUCUCACUGUUCCAAGCUAGAGUUUCUCCUACCUGUGUUGUUGAGAUGCCACCACCCUUUCCUUAAAUAUAUACUGAUCGGAGAUAGCACUUGUGAUUUUCUCUCAUUAUCCUUCUCCUUAAGCUUCUUCCCAAGGUUGAACCAAUUUGAAAUCUAUAAUCUUGAAGGGCUUGAAUUCCUCUCAAUUUUGAGUUCAGUGGGGGAUCCCACAUCUCUUAAUUAUUUGGAUAUCCAAGAGUGCCCUGAUAUUGUAUAUAUUGAAUUGCCGGCUCUCGACUGAGCAACUUAUGUGAUCUCCAGAUGCUUGAAGCUCAAGUUAUUGAAGCACACCCUCUCAACUUUGGAGAGUUUGAAUUUAAGAGGUUGCCCAGAAUUGUUGUUCCAGAGAGAUGGUUUGCCCUCCAACCUACGUGAACUUCUCAUUUCAUCCUGCAACCUACUCACAUCUCAGGUGGACUGGGUUUGCAAAGACUGGCCUCUCUUACAAUGUUCACAAUCAAAGGUGGAUGCCAAGACAUGGAAUCAUUCCCCGAUGAGUGCCUAUUGCCCUCCACAAUUACCACUCUCAGAAUUAAACGACUUCCAAACCUCAGGUCUCUGGACAGUAAGGGGCUUCAACAACUUACCUCCCUCUCAGACUUAGACAUCGGCAAAUGCCCUGAGUUCCAAUCCUUUGGAGAAGAGGGGCUUCAACAUCCACCUCCCUCACAACAUUAUCCAUUAGCAAUUGUUCUAAGCUCCGAUCCCUUGGAGAAGAGAGGCUUCAACAUCUCACCUCCCUCAAAUCAUUAUCCAUUAGUGGCUGCCAUGAGCUCGAAUCUUUAACAGAAGCAGGUCUUCAACGCCUUAUCUCACUUGAAAAUUUGCAGAUCUCCGAUUGCCCGAAGCUCCAAUACUUGACAAAAGAGAGGCUGCCAAACUCCCUCUCUCAUCUGUCUGUUGACAAAUGUUCUUUGCUGGAACGUUGCUGCCAAUUUGGUAAAGGCCAAGAUUGGCAGCAUAUAGCUCACAUUCCACACAUAAUCAUCAACGAUGAGUUAUACUGAUGAAGAUGGAAAUUUAUCAUUGUCAAUCAGUUACUUGUUCCAUACUCAAAAUAACUUCCUUUAAAAAAAAUAAAAAUGAUGUGGUUAUUAUUAAGUCUAGGCUUCAAAAUUUCUUAUCAUCUCUAUUGUACUUGCUGGCUCUGUGAGGUUUGAUUGAUUUGCCUAUGGUCAUAAAGGCAUGGUGCCAAGCAGCUCUCCGGGUGUUCUAAGUGACUUGCUCUUCUUGAGCCUCAAUCAUGAUUUAUGGUUAGUGAGAUAUUUUAUUUGCUUUGAUUCUUUCUCAUGACCGAUUAUGGAUUUGUACUGGUUGGUUUCUUUCAGAUGUUCCAUCAGUGGAGACCUCACUUAACAAUUAAUCUGCAAAUUACAAGUUUCUCUUAAUCAUGACUGCAUCAUUUUGUAGGUUCUAUAAGGUUGGCAUGUAUAAAGGAACAGGUAUGUUUCAUUUGGCUAAUGCUUUUUAAUAGCUAACGCAUUCAUGCAGUGAUGUAUGUCGUGUUCUAUGUCAAUUCACAAUAAAAUUGUUGUAAGGGUUCUUCCAGAUGGAACGUGGAGUGGAGAAGAUGAUGAAGUUUUAGUGCCUGUAGGCAUUAUUCUUAUUGAACACAGAGAAACUAUUCUGCUGAUACUGUAUCCUUGACAAAAACUGAUCAGGUGGCUCUGCUGUUACCAUGGAUUGACAUGCUACUUAAUGGCACGGCCUGGUCAAAUUUUAAUGAGACUACUCUGUUUUGGUUGGACAGUCUCCACUUACCAGAGAUGGUUCGCUGCGUUCUACUUGCAAACAGGGAGAGAUCACCUUAUUGAUAGUUGAUACCACACCACCAAUUAGCCACCGUGAAAAGGCAAGGAUAUGGGAAUACAUCAUCUUAGGUCUUGGCUAUGAUCAGAAAUUUCCAUGUACGGUAUGUUGCUGUUGAAAUUUCCAAGCCACACUUUUUAGGACCAUGAGGCCCAUUCAGGCUCUCAUUGUUUAUCUCAGGAGAUUCAGAUGUUUGUUUGAAAAGAAAAAUACCAAAGUUCAAGUGAAGGUUUAUACAUUUGAGAUUCCCAUGAAGAAUGUUGGUACUAUUUGAAGAGGGUGGUAGACUACCACUCCCUCAUUCAAGCUUCCAAAUUUUGUAUAGGAAAGAUGAUGUUGUAUUGACCUUCUUCACUUCUUCACUUCUUCAUGCAAUGAAAAUUUACUUCUCUUCUAUA